CUUUUUUUAAAAUAAAAAAUGGUUAAAAACUCAGCAUAAGACCCAUAAGAUAAUUCCUUAUAAAUGAAAGUACAUAAGAAGAAAAUAAUCUAUAGAUUAGACAAUACUUAGUCUCAGGUAGAAGACUUCCAUCAAAAGAAGAUCCAAAUCCCAAAGUUAUAAGUAUGAGAAUUUUUGCAAGAAAUACAGUUGCUGCAAAAAGUAGAUUUUGGUAUUUAGAUUAUGCAAUAUUGUAGGUGGAAUUUAAGAAGACUAAAUAAACUUAGACCUUCUCAUGGUUAGAUUUUAGCAGUUUAAGAAUUAUUUGAGAGAAGGGACACAAAUGUUAAAACUUAUGGAAUAGUUCUUAAAUAUCAAUCCAGAACAACUAUACACAAUAUGUAUAAGGAAUUUAGAGAUACCACAUUGAAUGGUGCAGUCUCAUAAUUAUGUAUGAAUUUAUUAUAAAUUUUUAGAUUAAGAAAUGGCUGGAAAUCACAGAGCUUAACCAUAAACUAUUCAUAUUCUCAGAACUUCUGUUUUAACUAAGAGUGCUGAUAUCAAGAGAGGAAAGACUAAUUAAUACAGAGUAAAUUAAAUCAAAAAUAUUUUUAGGGAGAUUCAAUUAAAUUCCCAAUUGUUAAGACAGUUCCUAGAGCUAGUCACAAAAAAUUCAGAACUGUGUUCAAAGCUAAAAGACCAAAUCUAUACAGAUCAUGAUCAAAAUAAUUAUUUAGUACAAUAAUAAUAAAUUAAAUAAAUUAUGG